AUGGCGUCAGACCUAGAUCAGCUCAUUGAAAUGGGUUUCGACAAAGAACGCGCUCAAAUCGCGGUCACGAAAACAGGCGGCUUACAGGGUGCUUUACAGUGGCUCGAAGAUAAUCAGGAAAAGUCGUUAGAGGAAAUUCAAGCUCAGGCCGAAGGGGAAGAGGAGGAUGGCCCCGCACUUCAACCCGGCGAAGCCCCACGCAGCUUGGUCUGCAACGAUUGUGGCAAGAAGUUCCGAAGCACCGCACAGGCCGAAUUCCAUGCAUCCAAGUCUCAGCACGUUGAUUUCUCAGAGUCCACGGAGGAGAUCGCGCCCUUGACCGAGGAGCAGAAGAAGGACCGACUGGCAGAGCUCCGGGAGAAACUUGCGGCAAAGCGGGCAGGACAAUCUGAGCAGGAUAAAAUUGACAAGAAGAACAAUGAGAAAAUCCGACAGAAGAGCACCAAAGAGAGUCAAGACGCCAAGGAGGAGCUCCAACGGAAACAAAUGUUGAAGGAAGCGGCAGCCAAGAAGAAGGAGAAGCAGGAUGAUAUUGAUGCGAAGAAGCGCAUCAAAGCAAAGAUUGAGGCGGACAAGGAGGAAAGACGGCUAAAGGCUGAGCGUGAACGAGCUGAGCGAGCCGGAGUCGCUCCUCCCCCCAUGCCUGCUGCUGCCCCAGCACCCGCUACUUCUGGCCCUGCUACCUCCAAGCCAGCUUCCGCAUACACAGAAACCCGCUUGCGAUUUCAAUCCCCCAAGGGUAACAUCAUGAAGACCCUCCCCGUAGGCACCACGCUGUUCGAGGUUGCCGCAGCGCUGAAGGAACAGGAUGGAAUUGAAGUCCAGAGCUUUGUUCAGACCUUCCCCAAGAAGGUGUUUGACGCAGAAUUCUUUGGCGAGACUUUGAAGGAGUUGGGACUUGUUCCCAGCGCCUCUUUAGUCGUUCAAUAA